AUGGCAAGCUCUUGCAGCUCUGCAGCUGAUAGGACAUUUGGGCCGCCAAUUCAUGGCUGCUCCUACUUGGACUUUACCCUACUCUUUGAGCAGGUGAUAUUUGGUAUAGUCCUAUCGGCAUGUUUUCUCCCAGCCGUAGCCUGGAGGAUACUGCAGCUCCUUGGGCAAUCCAGGAAGAUCACAUCGGAAUCAAAUCAGCAUGCCAAGGUCUCUAUCUGUGUGAAGAUCAUUCUGUGCCUCGCUUUAAUCUGCAACCAAAUUAUUUUAUUGAUGCUCUGGGCAGUGUCUCCUCAGUAUCGCAAUAAAUUCACCAUCGCAUCGGCCUCCCUAUCAUUGGUAUGCUCCCUCAGCAUACCGAUCCUGUCAUGGAAGGAGCACGUACGAUCGGUUUCGCCUUCCAAUCUGCUUUGUUCUUAUCUUCUACUUAGCACAUUGCUUGAUGGUGUACAGGCCCGGACAUUAUGGCUACGAUUUCCUCCUACUAUCGCGGGAACAUGUACUGCAGGCCUGGGUGUUCGUUUCUUGUUGCUCAUAGCAGAGUCACAAGAGAAAAAGAAAUAUCUGAAGCCUCAAUUCGUUUUUUAUUCUCCAGAAAAGUUAGGGGGAAUGGUGAAUCGUGUCAUUUUCUGGUGGCUAAAUCCCUUGCUGGCCCGCGGGGCCCGCGGGGUGUUGAAUGGCAGCCAUCUUUUCCCUAUUGAUUCCAACCUCUCGGCUGAAGCAGUGCAGGCCAAGUUUGAGUCAAAAUGGUUGUCUGCUCUGAAGGAUCGCCAUGGAGGCCAACACAAGUUACUGCUGACAACAUUGUCUUGCGUUCGACGGACUUUGAUGUGGGCAGCAAUCCCCCGAAUUGGUCUCAUAGGUCUCAAAAUAGCGCAGCCGUUAUUUCUUAAUUGUGUCAUUCAAUAUCUCUCUGCUUCAACUAAGGACAAUGCUGUUGGAGGGGCGCUUGUUGGAGCUACAGUCUUGAUCUAUUUGGGAACGGCAGCCACGACGUCGCUAUAUAUGCAUGGGCUAAACCGUGCCAUCACUAUUGUUCGAAGCCUUUUGAUUACUGCCCUCUACGAGAAGAUACAACGACUGGACACUGUUACGGUAAAUAAUUCAGCUGCGCUAACGUUGAUGAGCACCGACACAGAAACCAUCUGCAACAGCUUGAUGCGAUUAGACGCCCUGUUCGCUUCGCCUAUCGAAGUCGGCCUUGCCAUAUUCUUCCUUGCACGACAAGUCAGUUGGGCAUGCUUAGCAUCGGUUGGAUGUGCCUUGGCAGCCGUGUCCCUCAGUUAUGUUGUAGCUGCCCGGUCACCUCCACGCCAGAAAAUAUGGAAUCAGGCUGUCCAGGAGCGUAUUGCAAUCACUGCAUCUGUUUUCAAUUCGAUUAGAAGCAUCAAGUUGCUCGGUGUUUCUACUUUUGUAGCACGGCGAAUAUGUGACCUCCGCAACGCCGAGCUUGAACGCGCUCGGGGGGCCCGCAUGCUCAUAAUGUGGAGAAAUGUUGUUGCAAAUAUACCACAGAUUGCCGGGCCUAUUUUAACAUUUACGAUUUUCACAAUGAUCUCCGGAAGUGGUGUGGUCACUUCAGCAAACUCUUUUACCGUCCUCUCCCUGAUUGCUUUAGUCACUCAGCCUAUCCAAGUCUUUGUUCAUGGAAUCACCCAGAUGGGAGUUGCUCUUGGUUGCUUCAAGCGAAUUCAGGACUAUCUUAAUUUGCCCGAAGUUGCGGCCGGUCAGAUCUCUUACCCCAGUGACAAGCAUCAGGUACCAAUCAAAGCGCUCUCACCGAGCGUGCUUGAGCUAGAAGCCCUCCCCUUGAAUGGCAAAUGUCUAUCAGUACACAAUGCCGCUUUCAAAUAUGCGGACUCCACCACACCGAUUUUGACGAACGUGAACGUCGAGAUACACUCCUCUACGCUGGCAAUCGUCACAGGGGCUACCGGCUCUGGAAAGUCUUCGCUCCUCAAAAGCCUCAUAGGAGCGGUACCCUGCGUCGCUGGUUCUUACUCUAAGUCAGUGGCAAUAGCUUACUGCGCACAAGAGCCCUGGUUGCCAAGUGUCUCUGUUAGGGAAUGCGUGACUGGUCCUUCCUAUUUUGACGAGAAAUGGUAUACCACUGUUCUCCAUGCAUGUGCACUCGACGAAGACAUAUCUGCUUUUUCCGAAGGAGACAGGACUUAUGUUGGCUCUGGUGGUACUUCACUAAGUGGUGGGCAGAAGCAGCGCUUGGCAAUGGCGCGGGCCAUAUACUCGCGCAGAAAGCUCCUAAUCCUCGACGACGUACUCAGUGCAUUAGACGUUAUCACAGCCAAGAAGGUUUUUGAUCGCGCUUUUGGUCCUAAAGGAUUAUGCAAAGCCCACAAUGCCGCGGUUAUUCUUGCUUGCAGUGAUCCUGAACGCAUUACCUCACCUGAUACGAUCAUAAACCUUCACGAUGGCACAACCACAUCAGGAUCCCCAUCUGAAGAGCUUCUAGACAAGAUUAUCUCUAUACCCAAUGAGAGCGAAGUCAAUUCUACCGAAGAACGAAGUCCAGUAACCACAGCGACAGAGAAAAAACUGAUAGAGUCCCGUCAGGACCUACCACGCCGACUCGUCGUGCAGGUAUUCGGAUCGAAAUUCCCUACUCUAUGGCUCCAAUACUGGUCAGACCAUGACUUCAACUACUCCCUCGGUGUUUACCUUGGGGUAUACGGGAUUUGUGCUUUCAUCCAGCUAAUUGGCACCAUGCUCAGCAUCACAUUCCUCAUCAUCUUCCUCGUCGCAAAGAGCUCUCGCCGCUUACACAGACAGCUCCUAACGGCUACCUUGAACGCUCCCUACCCAUUCUUCGCCGCGCACGACAGUGGUACUAUCCUGAACAGAUUCAGCCGGGACCUUUCCCAAAUCGACAACCAACUAUCGGGCGCACUUCUCAUGACCGUCUUCGGCGCUGGAACGCUAAUCGCCGAAGUUAUGCUCAUCGCCGCAGGAAACAAAUACAUCGCUAUCACGGUGCCCUUCGUCAUCACUGUUUUCUACGCUCUGCAGAACUUUUACCUGCGGACUUCACGUCAGCUACGGCUCUUGGAACUCGAAGCACAGAGCCCGCUCUACACACACUUCCUUGAGACGGCCUCGGGCACGGACACUAUCCGUGCAUUUGGCUGGCAAGCCGCAUGGGCGGCGCAGUGUCGACAAUUGGUUGACACAGCCAUCCAACCGUAUUAUACAAUGUUCUGUAUCCAGCGUUGGCUAAACCUCGUCCUCGAUCUUAUGGCAGCUGGUCUGGCGAUAAUUGUUGUCACCGUGGCGGUUACCUUAGGUUCAUCGGUGCAUACUGGUGCGAUUGCAGUUUCUUUGCUGAAUAUCUUGGGGUUCAGUAGCAGCUUAUCGUAUCUGAUUACUUCGUGGACUCAACUGGAGACAACUCUUGGCGCGAUCGCCCGCGUCAAGAGCUAUGAAGAGACUGUCCCGAGGGAAGAUGCCCAAAAUAGUGAGCUUACACAACAGCCUGCGGAAGACUGGCCGUCUCGCGGGUCGAUCAGGCUCGAUCAUAUCUACGCAAGCUACGACGCCCACCAGAGUCCUCAUCAAUGCAUCCUGCGCGAUAUUACUCUUUCGAUCCACGCCGGAGAAAAGAUAGCAGUCUGCGGUAGAAGUGGAAGCGGUAAAAGCUCGCUCAUUCUCCUCCUGCUCAAGCUUCUUGAACCCGUCGCGGGCUCUGUACUUAUUGACGACUUGAAUCUGCGCGAGAUUCCCUGCGAUGUUCUACGAGCCCGCCUUACUGUUAUUCCUCAAGACCCACUCAUCCUCCCAGGAACACUACGAUUCAACCUCGAUCCAAGCGGAGAGCAAUUCUCUGACGAUGCAAUACUCUCAGCUCUGGCAACUGUAGGUCUAGGGAUGGAUUCAAGUACAGGGCAGCCUUAUUCGCUAGACCUUGAAAUAAGUACAUCGACUUUCUCACGCGGCCAAUUCCAGCUGUUAAGUCUAGCAAGAGCGCUACUUCGGCAGAGAGAAACGAACAUCCUUGUUCUGGAUGAGAUCAGUGGGAAUGUUGAUGUCACUACAGAGCGGUUGAUGUUCCAGAUUAUCAGAGAGUAUUUUGCACAUGCGACUGUCAUUGCAGUGACACAUCGAUUGAGAUGCAUCCUGGAUUUUGAUCAAGUCGUGAUCAUGCAAAAUGGCUGUGUUGUCGAGACUGGGAAUCCCGGGGAGUUGCUUGUUGAGCGGAGUUUGUUCAAGCAAUUGUGGGAUGAGCAGUGAGUAUUUCGUGGAUUUAGGA